UUCACCUUGAUUAUGGAGGAUGUCGAUGAUUACGCCAAGACGAUCUAUGAGUUCGACGCGUCGACGCUGGAGACUGUCGGAACUCCUUUCGAAGGACACACCGACCUUGUCACAGGUUUAGCACUUUCAUCUGACAGCACUCUCCUCGCUAGCGCUUCCUACGAUCACACUAUCAAGCUCUGGGCCUUCGAGCACCGCCAACUUCUCGCUACCUUCAACGUUCGAAAUCCUGUUACCCUUGUCCUCUCACCUGACUCGUGCCAACUAGCUUACACGACAUCCACCUACAAUGAUAACAAAAUCUACGUAUGCAGCACCCCACUCGACGUCCUUGCUCAGGUUGGGACCAGCGCAUGCAAAAAUAUAACCCUUGAUGAUGUACUAAAAUCUAAUGCAACUCGUCGUCUUCCUGUCGUGCGCCGCAAACCACCAAUAUAUGUAUAUGUCACACCUAUGUCGCAGAGACCGCCUACAAUAGACCUAGAUCCACAGCAACCUAUUUCCCUUCGCCUCCGUAGACUUCUUCUAUUCACAUCUCGCACGAACGCAGUCCCUCCUAAUCAGAAGAUUCGAAACAAUCAACUUCGUGGCCCACUGGAUGUAUGUCUCUUUUCUUCUCUCUUUCACAGUUGACUUCACACUCACAAUGUAGUUCCCUGCUACGUCGCCCCUACCCCACCCUCUCUCGGGGCGCACCACAACUCAGGGACGUUCAGAUAUCAAGUUUUCGGGCCAGAACUCUCGAUCACCGCCAAUCACCCAAUCAUCUGCCACCUCCAAUGUCCGCCCACACAAUCUGUCAUCCUGGUGGCCCGUUCGUGCGAGUCAAGCACAGCCGCCUAUCGUCGAUGUUCCUCUCGCGCAGGGUAAAGAGCGCAACGCUGCAGCGGAUGCUCCCAGAAAAGACGAUGAUAUAGUACCUGAUGAAUACU